AAAAUGGCAGCUUUAACACUUCUGGGUCCUGGACUCUUUCUGUGCUCCUUGAAAAUACACUUGUACGUGAAGACCUUAACAGGGCUGCACUCUCACCUUGUGCCUUUUCACAUGAACAAACUAUCACAUGCAGCACGCAUCCACACUCACACAAAGUAGGUCACCUUGAUGUGUGGCGCUGUGCUCAGCUGCCUGGUACAUUUGUAUUUGUGUGUGUUGUGUGUUUGUACGUCUGUGUUUAUGCACCCUUGUGGAUUGUGUUUUGUCCCCUCGUGUUCUCUGAAUCCUCUCGGCCCCUGGAGAGAGUCAACUCAUUAGCCUGGCUGUAAGUCAUUUAGCCCCAAAUGCUAAUUUAAUAACACAACCUGGAGUCAGAUGCGCGAAGAGUCACGUUUACAUAUGCGGCACACGGCGGAUGAACCUGUGCGUACAAAGAAACUGUGUGAUGUGAUAUCAUACAGUGAGUGGGAGCAUGAUUUAGGAGGCUGAAAUUGUCUGUCAUCAUGCAGACCCAUGUUACCAUUUGCAUAAAAGGCAUGAGUCCAAAAAUCUAUCACUGCUGAUAAACAGGGGGCGACACAUGGAGCAUUAUUUCUAUCUCUGGACCGCCGUGAGGAUAAAUCAACAAACUCAGAAGUCCUUCAGCUUGAAAAUCCUUGAACCAUCCUUGAAUCAGAGAGGACAGCACAAGGCUAUAUUGUACCCUGCCAGUGUAUAGGACACACAGGAGGAGGACUACAUUUGCAAACAAAGUAAUCAGGCCUCCUUCAGCCGCAGGGCCACAUAUACUCUUUAAUUGGGGUUUCCAUCUAUCAGUCUUAUCCCUGGAACCUGCUCUAAUGUUAAACUGUUUCAAUUACAACUUAAUCACCAAAAUGUUAUCUUCUUAAAACAGAUGCCUCUGUUGACAACAAGAUUAAUGCUUUCCAAAAUCUCCAUUUGGAUGACUCAAGGAAAGGAUAACAUUAUUUUUCUUAAGAGAUUCACAGAUUAUUAGCCUUAGCCUGCAUUAUCUGGGCCGAUAUGUGGCAUUUGGUCAAUUAUCUGUAUGAUCCAAGUGAAAUUUACCAAUUAAUCUUAAAAAGUGGCUACUUUGGCUCUGCUGUCAGUGUGUCUCCCCCUCUGGGUCUGUUUUCACCCACCACUCUGUAUCACCUAAUGUCCCGCCCACAACUCCAUCUGGUUGCCAAGACAUUGCAAGAUUGUUGGACAAAACUGGAUUGCGAGUGUGGAUGUCAACUCCUGCACAUGAUGGCGAAAGCUGCAGUUUUGAUCACACUUUAGCUCUAAAGGUGUUUGAACAAAUUUUGGAGUGAGAGUUUUUAAUUCUGCAAUUUUUUGACAGAAAGUUUUUCAUUAUUAGUGGAAAUAGGGGAGACUGGGGCUUGUUGUUACACUUUUCACACUCUAUUUCUUGGAAUCAGUACAUCAUAUACAAACAAAAUGUGUACCAGAUGAAAGACCAAAGUCUCAGGUAUAUAUUUCGUAUUCAUGUCAUGUUCAUAUCUUGUGUCAGUGCAGAGUUAUAAGCAAUCAGAUAGAGAGUGUGAACAUGUGACAUGUUGCCCCACCCUCGGGUAUGUUGUCUCACUAUACGGGCUAAGAUGUCACAGUGGAUUUUGCAGCUAAUAAAAGAAGGACAAAAUUAUUGUUGUCCUCACUUUUUUACAUGAAAGUGAACAUCAAAGUCAGACACAGAAAAUGUUUAUCAGUGAGCUAGAAAAAGUCAUUGAACAUAGCCAUCAGACAAACGUUAACAUAGAAUAUUAUGCAACUCUGGAGUUUGGAGAGAUGUCUGACUCUGUAUUUUGGCUGGGGCAAAUGUUUUGCAGUGCUGAGCUAAGAUACGAUAGUUGACAUUUAAGGUCUUUAUUGUCCUCCAGAUUGAUUUAUUAGCUAGGGUCACCUGCCUGACUGCCCUCAGCAUCACGUCAGGUACUGCACUGAAUUCCUGACCAUGCCGUCUCACUUUCUCCUCCCCUUUAAACCACUCUUUUCUCUGUAAAAAUAAAGUCCAAAUUUCAUUGUGACAACUGCUGAUAAGCAGACUCUCUAUGUUAAUUUUAAUCCCUUUUAAACAUGUGACAACUAACCCCAAAAUGACUGAGACAAGUUGCUCCAAACUACCAUGUUUGUUAAUUCUAGCUCUUAUAGCUUAAAGUUAGCUUAAAACAGAACAAUGACUGAGGUUCGACAGGAUGCCUUAAUCUCUCCUCUAACAAGUCCACAUGUAUCACUGCUAGGAUUUUUAUCUGGAAGAAGCUUAUUUUAAAAUAUAUAGUUUUUUAUUUUUUAUUUUAAGUUGUGUGAAACGGUUGAUUGGCGCUCAUCUCUGCUCACAAUGUGCUCUUCUCUUCUCAGACAGGACACGACCCCUGACCAUGUAAAGCAGAGGUCCUUAACCACCGGGCUCCUGACUGGUACGAUUAAAUUUUUUUUUUUCAUUUCAUCCGUCCUGUCAGAAUCUUAUUUUGAAAGACCACCACUAUCGCGCUUGACUCUUCAGCACAUCAUUUUCCUGCAACAACACAAGCUAGCCCUUGCAAAAAUGAAAUGAAACAGAGUUCACUGGAAAGGGUUGAUUCCGCAUUAUGGUAAGUUGGUGUUAAAGUGUAAUGAAAAGUGCCUGAUAUAAAAUAGAAUUGUUGUAUCCAGAUUACAUACUGUAUACAUAUUAUGUACUGAUUAAGGUUUUUGUUAUUGGAACCUCCAUGCCCCUACCUGGUCCUUGGAAAAAGUUUCCUGCAUGAAACUGGUCCCUGAGUACAAAAAAGAUUGGGUACCACUGAUGUAAAGAAAGAAAACUAGUAUUCCACUUUCUAGUUGCGCCCCCUGGUGGCAAAAAUAAUUGCAAUGUGUCAACUUACCCAUGUGACAACAAGCCCCUGUCUCCCCUACAUGUAAUUCCAGAAUAUCACUCUCUUGAUUAUGAUUCCUGUGUCCUUAUGAGACUGUUACAAAAGACAAAUAAACAGACACAUACCCACAAUCAUACCGUUUUCAGGCUGGAAAUACAUCUAAUAUCUUAUCUAUCUUGUCUAAAUUACAUUUCCCUUUUUGUUUUAGCCCUGGCAUUUGGUUUCCUGCUUCCAUUAAGCUUUUGAAAAUGGAACAAUUAGAGCCACUCUUCCACAGACACAGCUCGCCUAUUAAAAUGUGGCUUCCAAAUGGAAUUAACCACAAAGUGAUCGACCUCAAAGCACAAACAAAAGUGCCUUGGCAGAAGAAAAAUCAUUUAAAAAUCCUCAUUUGUAUCGAGUUGCUGUCAAAGGUGUCUUCUUCGUGGAAAGAGAUUGGGGGGGUGGGGCUGUUAACAUCCGUCCUGACCCGAGGUAAGGUGAGGGUCGAGGUGAGCCGUUUAUGAGAGCUCAGCCUUCAUGCAUGCGAUCCACCAGUUGUGCAUGCACGUAGAGGGGGUGGUGGUGGUGGUAGUAGUAGUAGGCAGCGUUUGGCCCAACCCCAAAUUACACCGUGAGAGGAGAAACGAGGAUGACGAAAGCGCGUAAAUCGGCAGCUGGACGCAGGAGGUGCACAGGCUGCGCCGUUUGAACAGGGGACCAGCACGGUACUCGGAGACUCCCCAUCCAAGGUGCCGUGCGCUUUCCUGUGGACGCGAGAAGGAUGUUGCUCUCCGUCUCUCCAGUGAUCUCUCCUCUCUGGAUUUUUUGGAGAUUUGGCACGUCUUCUCUCGUUCCUGUAGCCUUGUAAACUUUGCGAGCUAAUGAGUCAUAUUCGACCAUCAGAAAGUUCAUUCAUUCACUGAAAAUGUCCACGACGCAGCUCAGCUCUCCGGCGCUCAACUACAGCUACCCUUCCACGGCCACCUACGAGAGAACAGACCCGGCGGGGGUGGAGAGGCAAAUUCGCCUUCUUCUUUUCGGCUUGUGCGUAACCAUCGCCACCGCUACCUUUGUGGGAGGUGUGUAUUCACUGCUGUCUCUUCUCCGGAUGAGGAGAAAAACCUCGCUGUGUCUCAUAGUGGCGUCCAUGUCCGUGGACGACCUCCUAAGUGUGGUCCCACUCUCCUUGUUCACGCUCUUCCAGUGGGAGACAGAUGGAGGUGAUAGAGGGUCGGGCAGCCUGUGCACUUUAGCGGGACUUCUUUACGUGUUUCAGGGGGUUUCGAGCAAUAUGAAGGCUUGUCUGAUAGCAGCCUACACUUUUUAUGUCACUAAGAGGUUUGGAGUGCUCCAGUCUGUGCGCCGACCCUUGAGAGUGAUGUGGGCCAUCGGCGGAGUGUGGGCGAUCAGCCUGACCGUCAGUGUGUUACCUCUGUGCGGAUGGGGCAGCUUCGCCCCGGCCUCUCUCGGCUGUUUUCCAGAGAGUGACAGCUUCUACGUCCUGCUCCUCUUCUCUCUAUACUCCUUGUGUUUCUGCGGCUUGCUCUUUUUCUUCAUCCCUCUCACCUACCAGCUGCUCUGCUCCAGAGAGCCCCAGAGGACUCUACUGUACCCGGGCUAUCUGGAGAUGUCUAGGGGCCUGAGUGGCUCCGCUCCCCUCUGUGAUUUCCAGUCGUUUUCCCGGGACAGCCUGAACAAAAGUUUCGGUGCGUACAACGAGCUGAGCCCAAGUUUAUGCGGGACUCAGCUGAGAGACAAAGAGGACACUGGACUGUCCCCAGUGUCUCAGAACGGGCAGAGGACUGCAGCCAUCGAGGACACACCUGUAGUGUUUGCGCAAAAGCGAUUCUCCAUGAUCCUGGCGAUGGUCCGAGUCUUCUUAUGGAUGCCAAUCAUGGUAAGUAAUGUGGUUAAAGUGGUAGAUUUGAUUCAGAGAUGUUCAUGUAUGAUUGACACGAACAUUUCGACUUGUUGGCUUCAAAUUCCCACCCCACCCACCCUUUACGCACGUUGGGAAGUUGCAGUGUCUUAUGUCUCCAGAAAGCAAAUGUUUUUUAUGUCCCUCAUGACUGCACACUGCCUUAAGUCUCAAAAUUAAACCCACAUUUCUAUUUGACAUCGUCUGAGUUGGAAAAGUAACUGACUAUGUGUCCUGAAAUCACAUUAAAACUGUCUUAGUAUUUUAAAAUCCUCUUCUUUGAUAAAGCUAAGCCAUCCUCCUCUUUUGUUGGAGACUCAUUAAAUCUGAAGAUUUCCCCUGAGGCACCCUUGAGGAAAACUUCAAUAUUAAAGAAAAUUUCAUUUACUUUUUCUGUCACCUUUAAAGUUUUUAUAUCAUCAAGGUGUUGCAUCGUGGGAUCUUAAGCAAAUUUGCAUCAAUCACUGACAGUCUAAAGAAAAACUAUUUUUAAAAUAAUCUUUUUAGAGGGAUGUUAGAAAGAUAUUCAGUAUUUCAGGUCCAUCUCCAAAUACUGCAGACCCAUGUUGUUGUUGUUGCUACAUUUGUUUAUAUCCAUACUAAAAAAGUGUGGUGGUAAAUGUUGAGCAGCCUGCAAACAAUGUGAGAUAUACUGCCUUACAAUGAAAAUGAGCUCAGGCACUGGUAAAAAUCUUGGUUAUUAAUGCAUCUCAACUCAUCGUUUUCUCUCUUUUCUUUCUUCUCUGUGACAUAUCUCAUCUGUUAUCCAUAUUGGCUGGUGCUAUUUCAUAGAAAUCCUUCAUUAAUUCAGGUCAUAUAAAUGCAGUCUAUAAAGGCGCACCUUCAUUUUUGUAAAACAGAUGAGAAAAGGAAUAAUUAAUUGAUUUUUGAUUCAGUCCACCACUGAAUAAUGAAUUUUACUCUUGUGCUUAAUUACAUCUCAAACCACAUCAACAUUCGAUUCAUACUACAAAAGAAAACGUAGAGCAAAAAAAAAAACAAGUACAGCUGAGCGGUCUAUGUAAUUCUCACAUCUUCCUCCCCCCCUCUCCCUCAUGCAUAUUGAAUCAGUGACUCCUGGGUGAAUUAAUUUCCCCUUCGCCUUCAUUCACAGACAUUGGCUCUAGUACGCCAUGCGCUGAAUACACGCAGCUCGUCCCUGGAGACUCUCAGCUUCUUUCUCACUCUGCUCGCCCCUGCCGUCACUCCACUGUUUGUGCUAUCUGAGCGAUGGAUCCACAUGCCGUGUGGCUGCUUUAUCAACUGCAAACAAGAUCCAAAGCAGCAACAACCCUCUGGUAAAUAAUGGUGGUCAAAAAUUGUCACAGCUACAACACUGUGUGAUCCACUGACUGGUUCUAUUUAUCUUAUUUGUACAAGAUUGUUAAAAGAAAAUAAUCAUUGUUUUUCCCCGCAGAGAUGAAGAGAAAACUGGAGUUCAACCUUUCCUUCCAACAAGGCUAUGGAGUGUACAAACUGUCACAUGCCACCAUGUGUCAUAACAGCCCCCCUCUCGAGAAGCCUGCCUAUCACAGCCUCUUUAACUGUGGCUUCCCUGAAACCCACUUUGAUGCACUUGAAAGUGGCGGCCUCCCAAGCCUUGGGCCCAAUUUUGAUUUCAGCACCCCCUGCCCCGUGGACAGCUCCUCUCAUGCAGACCUGCUGUUGGAGGCCAUUUCUGGUGGGGGAGAGGCGCUGGCUGAUUGUUCCUCAGUCCCUCAUGAAACCCACGGAGAUGAUGAUGGGGGCUUUGGCUGUGUCCCUUUGCUGCCCUCUCAUCAGGAUCACAAUCUCACCGACACGUCGUCUGUGUUCGAGGGGGCAGAGAGGAGGCUGUCGCAUGAGGAGUGUCGGAAAAUUGAGCUGACAGACUGGGAGUGGUGCAGAAGUAAAUCAGAGAGGACACCCAGACAGGUACAUCAUUUUCCACAGGCAGAGGAGUCAGUUUAUUAGCCUGAUGUUGAGCCAUCAAAUAAAGGUAUUCACGAUUGGAAUUCAUUAGUUUUCUCUGUUUUUCCAAACUAGUCAAACAACUCCUGCUUUUGCACACAACAUAUGGUCAUCAAGACGACUCUUUAAGAGUGAUUACAGUGUGCGAAACCUUAAAGAGGGAUUUUUAGUCCCCUCUUCUUUGUUUGCAUUUGGUUCAAAAGGAAAUUAUAUGUUUCCUUAGUGCUGUGCAUCUGUACAAAGAUACACAGACACACAGCUGGUCGAUUAGGAUGCAGCAUGUUCACAGCCAGGCUCGAUAGAAAGAUGAGCAUAUAGGUGCACUUUGUUAGUCUGAAUUUUCAUCAGUGUGUAUUUUUGUCAGUCUCCUCACUUUUCCCCUUUUUCCUGCAUAUCUUUAUUUGCACCAAAUGGAUCCUGAAUAAUGAAGCCAGUGAUGAAGGUUUAUCCCCCCCCCCAUACUAUUUCAGGAGCAUGUGCCAACCUGCCUUUAAAAUCAGAAUAUUCACUCAUUAUCGUUCUCAUUGCAGGCUUUCAAAGUUCAGGUUUAUUCGUUGGCUCGAUUUUGUGGUUUUGGUGUUUUUUUUUUUUUGAUGCAGCAUUUUCUGGGUGAAUGUGAUUUGACUGCUGAAGGUUAGCUCUCUGUCAGAGUUUGUGACUAUUUCUCUUCAUGUGUGCGAUUUGAUACCAACUGAAUGAAAGGUUUGGCACAGCCCAUUGCGGAUUCAUGUUUUAGAGCUCAUAAAUGUAUUCUUUACUUUCUCACUCGACGGUUAAUCCAUCCAGUAGAUGCAAAGUCAUGGAGCACUAAAUGUAAACAAGGCAGCUUAAGACAGUUUACCACCAGCUCACAACCUCGACCCUCUAAUCCACUUUUUAAUUCAUUUCUCUCCUUUCUUGUUGACUCCGUGUUCUCUUGUAAUACCAGACGCUUAAUACUUUCUGUUUUUGAUGGAUCUAGUCGAAAUGCUAAACAAGGACAAAAGAGUAAAGGUCUUAUGAUUAAUGAAUUCUGGCCUUAGGGAUACCAGAGACAGAUGACCAAAUGGCCUCAUUUUAUCUGAGCUGCCACCAGCAUUAGCCUAUGAACUCCUCGGAUCUGACUUUUGGAACAUUAAGACUAUUUGCUCAUUUCAAAUAAAACCAACUGAGAAAGGAGAGACCUGACAUAAUGCAUUACCACGUGCACACAUGUCGCAUAGGUAUGCAUGGUCCCUCUCUAUCCCCCCUUCUUCCUCCGAACUCUGCUCCUGUCAGAAGUCUGAAAUGUUGGGUAUGAAAAUCACCAGAAGGUGGAAAAAUCCACAGAGCAUGCAUUGACAGCUCAGCUUUGGCACUCACUUUGCAUCAUGUAUAAGUCUCAGAUGUUCACUGCUGGCUUGAGAAUCUGUGCGUGUGUCUGAGCGCGUGCGUCUGAGUGUGUGUGUCCCACUUUAAGUGUCUUAGUAUAAACUGUGUAUAUGAUACUCCCUGCAGCCUUAUUCAUUGAUUGCGUUCAAUAUGCAAGUACAGUAUGUACUGUAUGUACAGCUAAGGAUUGCACAUGAAAACAAACAGCAGUAACUAAAAACAAUAGUCUGCAUUGUAUAGCAGCAACCUUCCCCGUUCUAAACACACACACACAUAUACAGAUUGUUUGUUGCACACAAAGCCAGAUGUAAGAGUUUGUGACUGAUAGAAUUUCCAGGCUGUGUUUUGUUCCUUGUUAGUGGGCUAGAUGUCAUUACCCGGCCUCUGUUCUCCUCACUAUCAGCCCCUCUGGCCUUCAGCGUCCGCAGGGAGAGGUGAAAUUAGAGCUUAAAGACAUCUUUACCCUCUCUCUGGCUUCAUGCUCUCUAUUAGCAAGCACAGAACCAGGGGUGCGUUCACAAGCCUUCUGCCAAAGGGGAACGAGAGACCGAAUGUAAAUUCAGAUGUAGGAACCUGAAACCCUGUUUGUCCUUCUAAGAAAACAUCCGGAACUGUAAAUAAUGUUGCCCUUGCCCAUAAGGCAAGUAGAUAUGCAUUAGGAAAUAAAUGGAGAGGAUUUAUUGGCAUGAAUAACAGGCACUUGUAGCUAAUGUUAAAUGGCUCUGUUAACAAUAUUAGAAUAUGGGUGGAAAGAGAGUUUGUCCCGAGUGGGGGGAGGGGGGCAUUUUGGUCUUUAUGAGACAGGACAGCUGAAGAGAGUCAGGAAAUGUAGGGAGUAGAGACUGAGGGAAGAUGCAUAGCAAAGGGUCAUGGCUGCGAGACGAAUCAGUGACCGCUGUGACGAGGACUGUAGCCUCUGUGUGUGGCGUCCGCCAAGGCUGCUGGGCCAUGAGCGCACAAGACAUGAUCAUUUUUAUCACAAAUGCUCAUCGCAGAGUUAGUAAAGAGGCUGGAAAAUAACCGCGUUUACAUGAAACUGCCAUCAAAUGCUUUCUUAGAUAUGUCAGUCACACAGGCAUCAUAAAAACACGAGGCUCUUUACAAAGUUUUUGCCAGUUAAUUCAAGAUUCAACAAGAAAUACAAGAUCUAUCCAAGUGCAAGAGGAAAACCAGGGAAUGAUUCUUAGACCAAUAUUGCUCAUAAGAAGUGCAAUGAGAUUUUUUUUUUAAUGCAAUUUGCCAAGAAUUGAGUUACUUCAUUGUGUAUGUGCGAAGUUUCAUUUCAGUGCAUCAGCGUAAAGAUGCUGAGAUAUUCCCCGGUUGCCAUCUAUUUAGCCUCAAACCAAAGCGAGUGCCGCAAACGGAACAUAAAGUAGAGAUGGUUGAUUCAGUGUCAUGCAGGUCUAUUUAUAUGAUGUACUGAAAUAUUAAUAAAGAGAGUAAAGAGAUAAAUCAACUAAACGGAGUAGAAAAAAAAUAAGUCCUAUAAAUAUAGUGAGAACAUCAAAACAAAAACACGCACAGAGACAUCCAAGAGAAUAAAGACAAUGAUUUCUAAGCAUUGUUGAAAUUAAUCGUGUGUUGUUCCCCCCUCUCCUCUCUCUCUCUCUCUCUCUCUCUAUUGUCAUUCCCUUUCAUGAUUCAAAAACAAUGGCAGGCAAACAGUCAGGGAGAACAAGACUGACAUCUUCUUUGUCUCUAUUGUGCCUUAUAGUCACAAUCAAAUCAUGACAUUAAACUCAUCUAAAUAAUGUAGAGGGGGCUCGGUGACACCUGCCACAGGGCCCCCCCACUGCUGCACCACAGGUGGCUUCUCCUCUUCUCUGUGCCAGAAAAAUGCAUCUCCUCAAACACAUCAUAUUGACAGAGACUUGCUUUGAUGCACUGUGUGGUAAUGUAAUCUCUAUGAAGAGAUUUUUUUUUAAUAGAAGUAAACACGGAGUAUGAUUAAAAAUGUGAGGGGUAUUAAUGGUCCCUGGAAUUUAAGAAAUGAAAAGAUUUCAAAGCAUCAAGUCAAGAAAAUUCUGAUUAAUGCUUCAUGCGCUGAAAUCCUAUUAUCCCGAUCAAAUUACUCGUUAGAAAAUUUCUCUUAACUGCCAAAAAACCAUCUCACUGCUUUGAACCUUGCUCACUUUCAUAUGCAUGGGGCUCUAACAUCUCAUUUAACAAGCAAUAUGCUUUUGACAGGGCUCGUACAUGUAAGCCUCAUUUAAAGGGAUGAAAAUGGUUGGUAAACACAUUUAUCUCCCUGCUCUUGGCAUCAUCAUGGACUCAGUCUGGCUUUAAUUAGUCUGAACAAAGAGAGUCACUGCAAAGGUACCUUGUAGGAUGUGUCCUACUUGUCAAUAGUGUAACAAGAGGCUAGGGUGGAAAUUAACAUGUACUUAACAACUGAUAAUUUGGUACAUUUUGUUCUUUUUUUUUUUUUUACCCCCAAUACAGAGAUCUUCAGGUGGUCUGUCAGUCCCCCUGUGUGCCUUCCAGGGCACUGUUUCCCUGCAGGCCCCCACAGGAAAGACCCUCUCUCUCUCCACCUAUGAAGUCAGCAGUGAUGGACUCAAAAUCUCCCCAAACCAUGCCAAAAAGGUAACAUCUUCAUUUUCGUUCGAUCUUUUUUUUUAACUACUUAAAGUGUUCUCAGUGGUCUUUAAGUUGUAAUUAUGAAGUUUUUACCAAAAAUCACAUUACCUGUGUCGUUUUCAAGGACUUCUCCUCUGCAGAGCUUCAGUAGAUCAUUAGCAAUUUGCCUCUGAGUCGUGGGCGGAGACAGCGCAGCUCUGCUCACUCGCCUUUACGUUAGCCUGCAGGCUAACAUUGCCGGUGUAGUAGAAGUGGCAGGUAACAAAGGAGCUAUUUAGCUUUUGGACGCUAAUGUCUUUAGGGGCAUGAUGAAGCUAAUAUCAAAAUUUGCUUAUGAGUAUUACAAUCCGCUAACACACAUGCUUGUUCCACAAUCGUCCUUUGUAUUUCUCCUCUAUAUGCAGAGUGUGGCCUGCAUGGGGCGGAGCUUGGACUGGUUAUGUAUCAAUUCUCGCUCUUUCUGAACCUGCCGUUUGGGUCUGCCAGAGAUUCACAGCGAUUUGAAUGAAGAAAUGCUCAGAAAAGCAAUUUCGCAUAAACAUAUAAAGAACAAGAAAAACAUGAUUUUCUUUAAUAUUCGCAUCAAAGAAGUUACUGAGUUUUGAAGAAACUUGAAAACCCACAAAGAGAUUUACAUGACUGUCAUUUUUUCUGAUACACAUAAAACUAAGCCAACCCUGUUCAGGAUAGAUGUAGCUGUUUGAGGAGAUGGUUGGCUAAGCAGACUGUGUAGACUUGUUUUGCCUUUCGGAGGUUUAAUCCAUUUGAAACUCUGUUCCCACUGAGCAUUUUUUGGUCUAAAAGUUGCUUUUUGAAAUAAAAAGUUAUUGACUAAUGGGUUACAGUGCAUCGUCUAAAUUCUGUCUAAAAAUAAACAGAAUCUAGAUGGUUGAAAUUAAGUCUAAAAAAACUAGACAUCUAAUAGCCAUCUGCUCCACUAAACUAUCACUUCUAAAUCUCUGUCCCAAAGGUGGAAGUUUAUCGCUCCAAAUCAGUCGGCCAUGAGCCCAGCGCAGAUGACCCAGCAUCAGGAGGCCAGGCUGGAGACGUGAACAUCAGCAGCAUGGGGAUGGGGAUGGGCAUGGAGAUCGGGAUGGGGAUCGGGGCUGGAGUUGGGGACACUAACGUCAAGAUCCACCUUGAGGUUUUGGAAAUCUGUGACAACGAAGAAGCCAUGGACAGCGUCUCCAUUAUCUCCAACAUCAGCCAGUCCUCCACUCACGCCCGCUCACCGUCGCUACGUUACUCACGGAGGGAGAACCGCUUUGUCUCUUGUGACCUUGGCGAGACCGCUUCCUACUCUCUGCUCAUCCCUGGCAGCGGCAACCCGGAGGCAGAGACCAUCAAUAUCACUAUACCUGACACUGUAGAGGCUCACCGGCAGAACAGCCGACGGCAAACACAAGAAGGCUCGGGAUAUCGGGAGGAGAUACAGCUGCUCAAUGAGGCCUACAGGAAGCAAGCUGGAGAGAGAGAAGAGUGAUUAAGGAUAUUAAGGUACCUCUCUCUAAGUGAGGGGGGCGUAGGACCAUAAAAAGGUGAAAGAGAAAUGUCCUAAUUAUUCCGCAGUAUUACAGAAAGUGACUCAGAUACAGACUUAAAACAGUAUUAUACUUCCUCUUUGGAUAUCACGAUGAGAGCACAUACAUCCUCUGUCUGUAGGUUACAAAGAAAAAGAUCUGAGUGUAGAGAAAUGUGGGUAAGAAAGAAAGCCAAAGAUGGGAACAAGGAGGAGAAAAAAAAACAGUAUUUCAGCACAGCAUCUGUAUUCCCUUCAAGACUUUCACCAUAUGGCCGCCUGUCAUCAUAAAACAGAUACUGACAGAGAGGCACUCACUUAUGCGUGGAAAAGGAGGGGCCAAGGUCUGAUCACAUGUCUCUUUUGGACUGCGUCAUCAGUGACUCAGCUGUGAGGGGAGGGGUCACCUCACCCGUGUGUCUGACUCAUCCCAGUGUGUGUUUUUGAGCGGUGAGGGUGAGGGUUCAAGUAUGACAACCGCAGUUGUUGAUUCCAGGGACGUGUAAUUGUUUCUUUUAAAUUUAGUGGUUUUUUGCUUUAAAUGGAUCCACUGCGUCUGCAUGUCUUACCCAAUUAAUUUUGCAACUAUCAGCUGACAGAGAGACCGCUGCUCCUGCUGAAUAUCCAGAGCAGAUUCUGAAUCUAGAGAGCGCACCUGGUUGUAGAGGAAGAUGCUGAGGGGAUGCUUAUGCAGAGCAGUUUUUCCACCCUCGUGUACAUUCAGUGCUAGUUAAAUGAGUGACAGUGUGCAUAUUUUACUAUAGUAGAGGCAGCAUAUGAAUGUAAAUUCCUUAGCCACUUUGAGAUAUCAUGGUCCUGCCUGCUCAAUUCGCUGCCCAUUUCAUCAGCAAGCCACCGGCGGCCUCUCACCUAUCAAAUACAUGCAUAAAUUUGGCAGUGGAAUCUAAUUUUCAUCGACAGUGUUGUGUAUUUCAGUUCUGUUUUGACUGGGGACAUGGACUCUGAAUAUCUAUUUGAAGCAUUUGAUUUUCAAAUAUCAGUAGAUCCAUUCCUUACGUGCACAUUUACCUGUGUGUGUGUGUGUGUUAAUACAGCUGCAGUAAGUUAUUCAAUAGGUUUCUCAGAGUCGUUUCAAAGCACAUCUUCAUUUAGAUUUGUUUUAUGAUGGUGUCUUUUGUAUGUCGUAUACAUUAUCGUCUUAUUAUUCUGUGGACUUCAUUCGUGGGCUUUUUUAUUGGUACCUCAGCAGGCUCACUUCAUUGGCUGCGACAUGCUCUAUCCUCCUGUAAGAAUGUCGUCAUUAAAGAUUCAUUGUAGAAAAUUGCCUCCAACUGGAUUGCAAUGCAUUUCUGAGCGCUCCUCGGAAAAAUGUAAAAAAAAAAAAAAACAGAAUCCAUGUCAAUGAAUUACAAAGAUUGUAAUGUUGUUUUCAAUGCCAGCCAUUUCAGCUCUUAAGGGUGCCAAAGGUUUUUAGCUGAGCUUCAUCUCUGCAGGCAAAUAGAGUGGAAGUAAUUUGAUCUUCUGCUUGUUCUCGCUUUUAAACAGAAGCUUGUUGUCAAGCCUCCUCAUAAACCAGUGUGAUCAAUAAACUGCUAUUUGCUUUCUUUGAGUGGCAUUGGGAGUUGUGCAUUAGCUGUACAACAGUUUGGGCGUUGACUCAUCAUGUCAGCCAUCUGGACUGAUUCGGUAACGCAAAACUGCUCAAACAGGCGUCUCUAUUGUAGAAAAAUGCCAAUAAAACGCAAUUAUUUACUACUACUUAAGGGGAAUGACCUAGAUAGGCAGCAGUCAGCGUUUCUUCUCGUGACAGGAUUAAACAAAUCCACCACAGAUUACAAUAUUUUGAUUGUGCUCUUGUGCUGACAUAAAAAUCCACAGCUAAGACAUGAAAAUUUGAUGUUUCAGCAAGGUUUAAAAAUGUUUUAUUUGUUUUUGUCCCUGUGAGUGCAAAGAUAUUUGUAGAUAUAGACUUAGAGAAAGGAGAAGGAGAGAGAGACAGAUAGAGCAAAUGUUUGGAAGGUGGAAGGAAAACAUAGAAAAGGGCAUAAAAAGGGCAGCAAAAACAAAGAAAAUUGAUGGAAAGAGACAUGAAUAUCAAGGCCUUGGCGAGCAGCAUUUCCAAAUGUUUCAUCUUUUCUCUCUGAUCCAAGGACUCUUUGCCUCCCACUCACAACAUCUGAUCACGUUGAAGCAAUGAGCUGCAGGUAAGGCUGCAUCAAAAUGUAGCAUCAGUGGCACUGCUUGAGACCUCUCUCUCAGCACAUCUACCAGCGAUGGGUACAGCAUGCAUCAGUGUUUUAAAGUUGGAACAUUAUGCCUUUCAUCUGGGGUUAUUUUAUCUGAAAAUGAAUCAGAUCAGGGUGCCAGAUCAUUUGUAUUCAUCAAGGGAAGCCCGAGGCAAAAAAACAAGGUGUGCAGGAAAACAGUGCUUAGUUGAGUGGGGGGACAGGGACACAGUGCAUACAAAGCAGUCCUUCCUCUCAUUGAUUCCUCUUGUUUUUAUAACAUUUCUGCUAUCAGGCUUUCUCAUAAGAACUCUAUUCCUCACUCAUACAUCUCCCCAAAAUAAUCAACAUGAUUUAUACACUUCCCCUCUCUUGCUUCUUCCUAUUUCACCGUGUUGCCUACUCAGUCUUCUAGUUUUAGUCCUUUUUUGAUCCAACUGAGCGACUGAUAGCAGUCAUUUUUUUAAAUUGAGGUGAAAUUGUGCAAGAUAUCUCAAAUUCAAGAUGACAAAAUUGAUCACAGUUGAAUUUAGACUUUUCACUCAGAGUGGCUCAUAAGCAGAGCUUGAUAUUUUUCUGUCAAAGCAGAAAAUUGAGCGUUUUCAGGGCAAGUUUAGCUCCGCUGUUGGAUCAGAUGCCUCAGUUAUAGACUGAAUAAAAGUCAGUCUGGUUGUUUUACAUCAGUUUGAUAUAUUUACAGUCAGAUUUAGUUGCUAUCAGGACCAGAGACAC